AUGGUAAGCAACCCUAUCAGCAAGGGCUUCUCAUUUUUCACCAAAAGCGACAGCUCCACAUCCUCUCUGGCUUCUCGCGUCCUCAUAGGUCUCAGCCAAUCACAGACACAAAGGAGAGCGCCUGUCCAGCGUCUCUCCUGCCUGCCUGCUUAUACACAGCAGAUAAUGUCUCAGCCAGCGGCUAGUAAAAGGCCGGGAGUGGGAGUUGGGGUCGUUGUGACCAGCCCGUCCCACCCUGGCUGCGUCCUUCUGGGGAGACGCAAAGGAAAUGGAUCGCCGGGUACCGGGAUGUAUCAGCUUCCCGGUGGACAUUUAGAAUUUGGUGAAAGCUGGGAGGCCUGUGCAGAGCGAGAAACACUGGAGGAAGCUGAACUUCACCUUAAGAACACCCGUUUUGCAUCAGUGGUAAAUUCAGUUAGUCUGAAGGAUAAUUAUCAUUACAUAACAAUUAUAAUGAAGGGGGAAGUAGAUAUAAAUUACGCAUCUGAACCAGUAAACAUGGAGCCUGAAAAAAAUGAAGGAUGGAACUGGGUAAAGUGGGAAGAAUUUCCUUCAAAUGAUCAGCUGUUCUGGGCCUUGUGUUGUCUGAAGCAGCAAGGUUACAAUCCAUUCUCAGAAGAUUUUAAUCACCUCCACCCACACAACAAAGAGCAAAAGUCUUCGUUUCAGUGCUAAAUUGGAAAAUGGAAGCCUGGACAGAACUAUAAUUGUUGUGGUAUUAAGUAUUUACUGAUGGUUAAGGGCAAUCUCAUGUGGGCAAUAUAUGCAGUCUAGUGCAUUCAAAAUCUUCCCUUCUGCUGAAAAUAUAAUCUGGCUGGCUGGCAGCAAGUUUUCAUUGUUUUUUUUUGUCUGCCCAAAGAAUAUCAAUAAAUUACCAAUUCAUCAAUUUAAUCAAUACAUUUUAAUUAUCUGUUCAUUAGAACAUCUUGACUAGAAAGAUUGCUUGCCACUUCUGGGUGUAAUUUGGCAGUCAUCAUAUGCCAAUAUUGAGGGAUUAAACAAUGCUUUUAUUUAACAGUGCAUCCCCAGUUCCCAUCGUACUCUAACCCACCCUUGAUUACUAGCAAUUUGCAUUUCUGCUAUACCUGCUAAGAGAGCAUGUUACUUCUGUGGCCAAUUUUGUGCACAGAAUUUCCGAAUGAUUUCUAGAAAACAUUUUACAUAAAAAACAGUGUGAGAUACAAUGUCUGCUAGGAGAAAGGUAAGCAAGUACUAAAAGUACAUGACUUUGGCACGUACAAAACAAUAACCAGAUAAAUUAAACAGGUAUGUUGAUGGAAAUUAA